CUGCUGGGGAAAUAAUCCCCUUUCCUUUCCCUCUCUCCCUGCAUGGUGGGGGCCCUGGUGGCCUGAGGGCAGCUCCCUCCUUGGAGGCGGCCAGCAAGCAAACAAACGUGGCUCUCCAUCUGGAAGGCACCAACACAGAGCCCCACCUCCAGCUGGUGAGAGCAGAGCAGGCAGCGAUGGCUGGGAGGAACGCAAGAACCGAACAUUUGGAGCCGCCCUCAGCGGAGUUUGCAAGCGGGCUCAGCGGGGCUCCUUAGCAAGGAGGGGUACCCUGGCCCAUUUGUGCCUCUCAGCGUUCACCCUCAAAGACUCCUGUGGGGGGACUGGGAGGGGAAGGUGCCACCAAGAAACCCUUUGGACAAAGUUCUGCUUGCAGGACCCAAUCUGGGUCACUCACCGGGACCAGAGGUUUCAUCUUCUCAGUUUUUGGAUUCAUGCUGGAGCCCAUCCUCCUGCCCAUCUUCCAACCUUUUGGCCAAAGUUCUGCUUGUUCGAGUUUCCCAUGAUGGAAAGCCCUGGAAGUGAGCAGCCCCUGGAAACUACGCAGAGGGGGGAACACUUUGUCCAAAGGUCUCCUCAGAGGAAUCAGGAGAAACUCUCCAGAUGCUCCGAGUGUGGGAAAUCCUUUGCUCACCGGUCCCUCCUUUUGAUCCACCGGACGCUGCAUAAGGGGAAUGGAUCCCACCUGUGUUUCCUUUGUGGGAACUCCUUUCCUGGACUGUGGAGCUUUGCCAAACAUCUCCGGAGCCACCCUGGACUGAAGCCUUACAAAUGCGGAGAGUGUGGGGAGCGUUUUGCUAAAGGCUCAGACCUUGGAGCCCAUCAGCGAAUCCACCAGGGAAAGAGAUCUCAGGAAUCCUGGAAGCGCUGGGGAAGAUUUCCUGAGAGAUGGCGUCUUUCUAGGCCUCAGAACAGCCCGACUGAAGAGAAGCCCUGCAAGUGUGUGCAAUGUGGGCUGUGCUUUCCCCAAAACUCACAGCUACUUAAACAUCAGCAAAUCCACACCAGAGGGAAACCUUAUCAAUGUCUGGAGUGUGGGAAAUCUUUCCGUUAUAAACAAUUAUUUAGAAAACAUGAGAAAAGUCACACAAGGCAGAGUCCUUAUAAAUGCUUAGAGUGUGGGAAAUUUUUCACUCGGAGCUCAACUCUUUGCAAACACAAUAAAACACACACAAAGAAGCAAAGCAAAACGUGUCUAGAAUGUGGGAAGUGUUUUUCCAGCAAAUCAUGCCUGCUGAAACAUCAGAGAAUUCACACUGGGGAAAGACCCCAUGAGUGUCCAGAAUGUGGGAGAUGUUUUGGCAGAAAGUCAACCCUAAUUCAACAUCAGAGACUUCACACUGGGGACAGACCCUAUCAAUGCCCAGAAUGUGAGAAACGAUUUGUCAGUUCUUCUAAACUUCGGAGCCACCAAAGGACGCACACGGGAGAAAAACUAUAUAAAUGUAAGGAUUGUGAUAAAUGUUUUUUUUUUAAGGAAGGUCUUUUUCGACAUCAGAGUAUCCAUACAGGGGUGAAGCCCUAUAUGUGCAUCGAGUGUGGAACAUUUUUCCGUGCAAAAGAAAACCUCAGAAGGCAUGAGAAUGUUCACAGAGGGGAAAAAAACUUCAAAUGUUUAGAAUGUGGGAAAGCAUUUACUCAUUCAUCAUCCCUUAGAAUGCACUGGCAAACUCAUACGGGUGAGAAACUCCACAAAUGCUCAGUGUGUGAGAAAUCUUUCAGCCGGAAAGGUACACUUGCGAUACAUCAGAGAAUCCACUUAGAGAAGCAAUAUAAAUGUCCAGAGUGUGAGAAAACUUUCCGUUGCAAAUAUUCUCUUAGAAAACAUGAGAGGAUUCACAAAGGAGAGAAGCCUUUCAAGCGUGUGCAGAAAAAUGAAAAGUGCCCAGAAUGUGGGAGAUGUUUUGGCAGAAAGGCACACCUAAUUCAACAUCAGAGUCUUCACACCGGAGAAAGUCCCUAUCAGUGCCCAGAAUGUGGGAGAUGUUUUGGCUAUAAGCAACACCUAAUUCGACAUCAGAAACUUCACACUGGAGAAAGACCCUAUCAGUGCCCAGAAUGUGAGAAAACAUUUGUGGAGUCUGCUGAACUUCGGAGACAUCAGAAGGGGCACACAGGAGAGAGGCCCUAUAAAUGUGGGGAAUGUGGAAAAAGUUUUCUCACAGCAACACUGCUUCGGGUUCAUCAGAGAAUCCACACAGGGGAGAAGCCAUACCUGUGUGUGGAGUGUGGGAAAGGUUUUUCCCAAAAACAACACCUUGGAAAGCAUCAAAAAAUCCAUACUCGGGUGAAGCCAUAGAGAUGCAUAGAGUGUGGUAAUGUUUUGCUCAAAAGCAAGACAUCAGAAAAAUCACAUUCAGUUUCCAAAAUAGGAAAAUGGAAGACAAAAUAGAAUUGAUGAGGAAAAGUGAUUUAGGAGAAAUGAUACAAAAGUAAGACAUUUGGAUAUUGUUACAAAAAAUAAAAUUCAAUGUCAAAAUAAUUCUGAAAAGGGAUGGAAUCAAAUUGAAAAGGAUCUAGUAAAAUGGGAAAAAAAUACAAUUGUCAUUGAUUAUAGAAGUUCUAUAAUUAAAAGCGACUAUAUUACUA